CUGGUAUAUUUUCGUUUGGCAUAGCAUAGAAGUUUUGAUUAUUUCUACACUUCAUUCAGUUUAAAAAUUUCCGUCGGUUAAUGCGUAUCGCUUGAGUAUAUUUUAUUUAUCGAAGGAAAAGGAAAAAAAUAAUACCAAAAAAGAAAUUAUUUAUAAAUAAAGUUGAAAAUUAGAAAAAAAAAUUUAAAUACGAAUAUUUUGAAUAAUUAAAUAUUUAUACACAUCAACAUAUGCGAAUAAAAUUAAAAUUAUUGUUAAUUUAUAAAGUGAUUGUGUAAAGUUUAUAAUUUUGUUUAUUAAAAUAUUUAAUGAAAAAUAAUAAUCCAAAAAUUGUGUUUUAAAAUAUUUGUCAUUGAAUACUGAAAUAAUAAAAAAAAAAAACAAAAUUUAUAUUUAUUUAAAUUGGUAAAAGAAAAGAUUAAAAUAAUACUUAUUGUUAAAUAAGAAUAUGGUGAAUGUUUCUAUUUUGCCAAAAGGCAAAAAAUGUAAUUUAACAUUGAAAAAUAAUCAAGAAAAUUUUCAACAAAAAUAUUAUCCUCUUAAAUUUAUAUCAUUAAAAAAAUUUAAUUAUUAUGUUAACAAUUUAAAUAAUAUUUUAAAUAAUAAUUAUAAUAAAAUUAAUAAAUUAUAUUUUUACAAAUACAUUAAUAUUAAUAAUUUAUUAAAAUUUUUAUGUAUAUUUUUAAUAUUUAAUAUAAUAUACAGUUCAUCAAUUAAUUUUGUACUCGUAUCAGGUAUACCAACAAUACCAAUAUCAAAUUCACAUGAAACGGAAUCAUCGUCAGCUCUUUUAAAAACACAUUUAAAUAAUCAUCAAUUAAAUAAUGAUAAUCGAAAUUUUCAAUCUGAUUCGGUAAAAAUAAAUGAAAAUUUAUCAUUAUUAGAUAAUAUUAAAUUAAAAGCUGAUGCAAAAUCAAAAGAAAUUCAAAUUGAUAAUAAUGAUGAUUUAAAAAUUAAUACUGGUAUUGGUAAGAAAAGAACAGAAACCGUUAAUAAAAUAGGACAAACAGAAAAUGAUGAAAGUAAUAAUAAUGAUGAUAAUAUAAAUUUAGAUUAUAAUAAAAAAAUUAGUAGUGUUAAAAUUAAUCAAAAGAAUACAUCUAAAAAUUUAAAUUUUAAUAGUAAUGGAAAAGGUGUUAAAGUGCCAAAUAAUAAAAAUUCUAAUGAUAAUGAAAAUUAUUCAAGAUUUAUUAAUAAUUUUGAUGGUAACAUCAAUAAUAAUAAAAAGAACAAAAAUGAUAAAAAUUAUUUAAAUCAACAAAAUAUUAAUAAUUACUUAGACUUCGAUAAUAAUAAAUUUCAAUAUAAUUUUAAAUUUUUAAAUGUAAGUGGUAAAGUUGGAACAUCAUUUGGAUUAGUUAAAGAUUUAUCAGAUAAAUGCGAAGAUAAAGAUUUUAAAUGUGGUAAUGGUUUAUGUAUUCCAAUAAGAUUUAUAUGCGAUGGUAGCCCAGAUUGUGAUGAUGGCAGUGAUGAAUUAUUGCCCGAAUGUAAAGCAAGAGUUAUAGCACCACGUUCUAGUACAUUGAAAAAAUUAUCCCUAGUACAGAGCGAUGGAAAUUCAUCACCAGAUUUGAAAGCUAAUCUUUUCAAAGGUAAGUUUGUUGUUGCAUAUUAAUGGAAAAUUUCAAGU